AUGUCAACCCCCGCAUCCGCACUUCCUCCUCUCAUUGACCUGUCUAUGGGAGGGAUGGAGCCCAACCCCCCGAACCUCCAGGAUGAUUCUGCCAUUGACGGACUCAUAUUUGAGCUCAACCAAAUUCAACCUGAGGUUUCACAGAUGCCUGGUGAAAUUGUGAAACCGGAUGAUCUGGGCAAUCUUUUCCCAGAAUAUGAUUCAGUUGAAGAGAUGGAUGUUCAAGUGAAGGGUGAACCUUCUGUUUGCUGGAUGUCAUUUUCCGAUCCCCAAAACCUGGAAAGCCCGGAAACCUCAUUCUGGGCUUUCUGGGUUUUGGGUUUUGGGGAUCAGAAAAUGACAUCCAGCAAACUGUUGAAGACAAUAUUUUGGGCCUCGGCACUCUGCAUUCGUGUCUCGGCACUCGGUGAAUCGAUAAUCUCGGGCUUUGGGCUUUGGCACUCAGCACUAGGUGAUUCAAUCAUUCGGCUCUCAGCACUCAGUGAUAUGUCUAAGGAAAUUGAUAUUUCACACAUUCUUGCUAGUAUCCAGUUUCCAGUCUUGAGCUUCGGGUCAUCAGGCAUCCGGAAUUCGAGAUGGUGA